UAAUAUUUAAAAUAUUAUUCGAGUUAAUGAAUAUUUUGUAUCCAUUUAUUGCGCAGGAAUUUUAUCAGAUGGCGACAUUUUUCCAAAUUUUUUUCAUUUUGUUAUUUUAUUCAUAGAUUGGGUAUAGACCACGAUGAAACAGAGGCAUGCGGUAGCAAUCUUGGAUACAUCAUGGCAGUGUAUGAUAUGGCUUCGAAUUUAAGCGCAAAGUUCUCAAACUGUUCCGUUCAAGACCUGAAUCAGGCACUGAAUUUCGGUUCACUCCAGUGUAUGUACGAUCCACCACCAAAGGCAGUCAAUUUACCGAAAUUGAUGCCCGGAAGAGUACAAAGCGUGGAUAAACAGUGUCAAGCUCACGGCUAUAUAGGAUACUGCUCCAACGAGAGAAACUUGUGCGCCGAGUUAUGGUGCAUGAAAUUCCAAGGAUACAAAUUGGCGAACAGAUGCAUUCAAACAGAGUUCAGUGCAGCGCCGGGCACUCCCUGCGGAAACGACGUAAAUGGAAAGCCUCAGUUCUGUCUGUCGCAACAAUGCGUCACUAUGGAUUAGCGUCACAGGUUUCAUGAUUUUCAACAUUUUCUUCGAUUAUUGGACCCUGGUUAGUAAGGAAUAUCAAUUU